UGAACCAUACCGAAAGGGUUUUUGCUCAUAACCGUCUCGGUUUGUCUUCGUCGUACCUUCGGCUGCUUUCAGGUCACAUCAAUGCCACAAAGAAGAGCAAAGAUGCUUCUUCGAAGCGUUUUUAUUGUUUUGGUUUUGUCUGUUUUCGCUGAGUCCUGCGAUUUGGAGACGGGGUACAUGAAGGAUAAUAAGUGCUGCAAGAAGUGUGGGCCAGGUAAAAGGAUGAUACAAAACUCGGCCUGUGAGGAUCCAGUGUGUCAGGAUUGUGCAGAAGGGGAAUUUCAGGAUGCUUACACUAAUAAGUCUCAGUGCAAACGCCAACCAACGUGCGACCGCCACCUCAAUUUGCAGACGCCAACCCAAAGCAAGACAGAAUUAAGUCAGUGUGUGUGUUUUCCUGACCAUCACUGCACCAACACUGAAUGUGUUUCGUGUGUGAGAAACACCGUGUGCCAAGCCGGCGAGAAAGUGAGGAGCAUUGGCACUCAGAUGUCAGACACAGUGUGUGAACCCUGUCCUAAUGGGACAUUUUCCAACCAUGACUCAGCUCUAACCUGCAAGCCUUGGACAGAAUGUUCCUUAGAGUCCAAGGAAGUUGCACCAGGCUCUGCCACAUCUGACAGAAUCUGUGAAGUGCAGAAUCAGAAAUUUCACGCCCUAGUCACAACUGUGGUUAUUAUUGUGCUGCUGGUGGUUGUGGGAGUUGUAGCAUACUUCAUAUUCUGUAGAAAAGGCAAAACAGGAUCUGUAACCUUCGUGCAAAAGUUACUGUCCUGUGCAUUUUGGGACAACAAACAUACUCCACCACCGGCUCCAGAGAACGCCGCGUUGGACGUAGAAAAUGGACAACCGAAGCCGCCUGGCAACCAGCCCCAGGAGGACACUGAGGAUCUUUUGAAACUGGAAGGUUCUUUAAGCCCAGGCAUCUCUGAAAAUGGAAUGCCUGUCAUUCAAGACCACAGUAAAUCCUUACUGCUUUCUGAGACCGAAACAGAGCCAGAAAGCUUUUCAUAGAGUAAUACAUGUUGGAAAUUUGUCAUCAAACUUCACGUGCAUUAGUAUAUUAAGCAAGUACUGCAAGAAAUACACUUCUUACCAACUUCUGUUCACAUAUAAAAAAUAAUAUGUAACACGAUAAUGUGUAAAAAAUAAUAAUAAUAAUAAUAAUAAUAAUAACAAUGUGUAGCAUGCAGUACCUUAAUGUAACACACAUUUGCAAACAGCUGGUAAUUUCCACUUGUAUCUCUACAGAAAUAGAUCUACUUACAGUGACUUUAGGGAGUGAUGGCAUGAUGCUCUGUUCAUUUGUGAGCUCCCAGCUGGAAUGAAUGAGUUUGAAUGAGAGUUACAGAUAUAAAUCAGAGUUGCACUACUGUUUAGGUUGUUUUGGGAUUUUUUUAUUUUUACUUUUUUUUUACCAUUGCUGUAAAUAUGAUGUUAAUGUGUCAGAUUUGUUUGUAUUUGAAUUUAGAUUGUUUUGAAAUGAUGUGUGCAUGUCAUAAGUGUAAGUUUUUCAAUUUAAUUUCACUGGCGGUUGAAAGGUUUGAGCGCACACAUUCCAGCCGAUCAGAAUCAUUGAUUGCAGAAUCAUGGCGAGACCAUGCUAUUAUGUAAAAUAAACAAUUGUUUGGUUCA